AUGGAGUACAAGGGAGACCUGGCAUCCUAUGACAUGAGGCUCAGAACUCUGUCCAGCCCGAGCCAGGGGGGUGCUGGGGACCUGCUGGGGGGCUGUGCUGUGUGUGACCCCCCGUGUGCCCCCCUGUGUGCCCCCCUGUGCCCCCAGAGUGUGAAGGGGGUGAUCGAGUGCCUGAAGAUCAUCACCCGUGCCAAGUCCCAGCGCAUCGCCAAGUUCGCCUUCGACUACGCCACCAAGAAGGGCCGGGCCAAGGUCACAGCCGUGCACAAGGCCAACAUCAUGAAGCUGGGGGACGGGCUGUUCCUGCAGUGCUGUAAGGAGGUGGCAGAGCUGUACCCCAAGAUCAAAUUCGACACCAUGAUCAUCGACAACUGCUGCAUGCAGGUGAGCCCCCAAACCUGA